AUGCCAGUGACGAGCGAGUCAUUCACCCACGGCCAUGCGCAUUCUCAUUCACACUCGCAUGCACAUACGCCUGGCCACUCGCGGAAGAAUCGAUGGGCUCCUUCCUCCUUAGGCAGAAUACCUUCCGACUCUCUUGUCAACCAAGCGAUUCCAGACACUUCUCCACGGGACGAAGUGAUACCUCACGCGCACAACGACGAAUUCUUCCACGCAAACGGCAUUGCCUCCGCGCCGAGCCUACAGAUCGGCCAUGUACAUAAGCACGGCGGAGAGAAGAGGAAACAGUCAGACGCCGCAUACAACCCACCUGUGCAAGCAUAUCACCAGCCAGCGACCGACAGCGCAACAUGGGCAACCCAGCAAAUACUGAGGGUGACUGAGCGGUGGCCUUUGAUACAUGGCAUUGUCAUCGACGCGGACUCGCGGCGGAUAUUCUACUUCAUGCUGCUCAACCUGGCAUUCAUGUUUGUCCAGGCGACUUAUGGCUACUUGACUGGGUCAUUGGGAUUGAUCAGCGACAGUCUGCACAUGUUCUUCGACGUGGUAGGGCUGUUCGUUGGACUCUGCGCGGCUGUCAUGAGCAAGUGGCCACCGAGUCUGAAGUUCCCAUAUGGGUACGGGAAGAUCGACACGCUGGCUGGGUUCGCGAACGCAGUCUUCCUCAUGCUGAUCUCGGUAGAGAUUGUGUAUCAGGCAGUCGAGCGCCUGUCCAAUGGCGCUGAUGUGGCCCGCACCACCGAGCUGUUGAUAGUGAGCAGUAUCGGCCUCGCUGUCAACAUGGUCGGCAUCAUGGCGUUUCACGGUCACCAUGGACAUGAUCAUGGACACGAUCAUGGUCACGCACACAGCCACAGCCACGAUCACGCACACUCGCACGAACACAGUCAUUCCCAUUCGCACGAUCACAGCCACUCGCAUUCCCACGAUCACCACGACCAUGACCACGGUCACCACCACUCACCAUCCGACAUCAAUUCUCCUCUCUCGGCAUCCGCUUCGCCCACAAAAGGCAGCAAAGCUGCUUCUCCGUCUCACGCGCACCACUCUAACAACAUGAUGGGCUUGUACCUACACAUCAUGGCGGACGCCCUUGGCUCCGUCUCUGUCGUCAUAUCCACAAUUCUGAUCCAAUUCACCGGAUGGUCAGGCUGGGACCCCAUAGGGUCAUUCUUGAUCGCAGUUCUCAUCUUCGCCAGCGUCAUCCCUCUCGUCAGCUCCACAACCAAGAUCCUCCUGCUCUCAUUAAACUCAGAUAUCGAGUACAAUCUCCGAGACAUCCUGGCAGGUGUUAGCAACAUCCGCGGCGUGGUCGGCUACUCGGUGCCCAAAUUUUGGCUAGAGGACAUUAAGAAGGAUGCUGGUGGACAUGGGCAUCAUCAUCAUGGUCACAGUCAUGAUCACGACCAUCAUCACGGGCAUGAGAGGAAGAGCUCAGACUGUGCUCAAAGCGAUGAUGAAGAAACAACGACAGUGCUUGGACUGAUGCAUGUCAUUGCGAGCACGUCCGCAGACUUGCACGAUGUCGAGCGUCGGACGAGUGCUUAUUUACGUGCGAGGAAGAUGGAUGUUGUCAUACAGGUAGAGCGGGAAGGCGAGGGUCGGUGUUGGUGUGGAGGUGGGAAAGUAACAUAG